ACUUAGUCAGAAAGCAUGGUUGUGCUAGAUAACAAAUUGGCGGCAAGAGGAAACUGCUAUUACUUAACUUUUUAGGACGUUUAUUAUUUGUUUGUUCUAUUUUAUUGAACUAUUUUCGAGUAAAUAAUAUUCUAUUACUUAAGAGUCGUAGUAAUUUGCAGUAGAAGACUUUUAAGUAGUCGAAUUAAAGUUUUUGGGGGUUCACGAAUUAUCGCUCAGUUCUGAACGUUCUUCAUUGUUCUAAGAAGUGUAGGAUGAACAAUGGCUUCAGCUUCAGUGGUGCCUUGCGAACUCAACACUACAAUUGAGGAGAACGAAAUUGAGCAAAAUGAAAUAAACGCAUUUGUUAAGGCCAUACCGCAAGUAGAAGUGUAUUUCGACGUUCUGGGAAAAACCGGCGAUGGUACCUUCAGUUCGGUCUUUGUAGCCCAGUUGAAAGGAAAUCAACAGAAAGAGAAAUAUGCCCUAAAAAACAUUAUACCAACGAGCAAAGCUGACAGAGUAGCUAAUGAGCUGAAAUGCUUAAAGGAAAUUGGAGGAUCAAAUAACGUAAUUGGAGUAAAGGCCGUGAUAAGAAAUGGUCAACGAAUCACCAUCGUUAUGCCUUAUAUUGAACACGAAAAGUUUACGGACUAUUUCGUUGAUAUGACUAUUAGUGAAAUUAAGGAAUAUAUGAGGAAUCUACUAUUAGCUUUGAAAAGAGUGCACGAAUUUGAUAUAAUUCAUCGUGACAUUAAACCUUCGAAUUUUUUAAACAACCGACAAAAAAGAAAGUAUGCACUGGUUGAUUUCGGUCUGGCGCACCCCGCACCAAAAUCCCAUGAAGCACUCAAGAGAGAACUUGGUGAAGAACCAUCUGAUACCUUAAAGUCCAUCGAGAACUGGGGCAAAACACCUAAGCAACAAAAAGUGGCUACAAAGAAACCUUGGUCGCCAAGACGAUUGACACUUGUUACCAACGCCACCAAGAAUUCAACGAGGUAUGACAAAUGCCAAUGUGUUGGAAAGCCGACUGUCUGCUCUAUUUGCUUAUCAAGACCCAGGCAGCAAGCUCCAAGAGCUGGAACCCCAGGUUUUAGAGCUCCGGAAGUCCUCCUACGUCAUGCUGAUCAGACAACAGGUUUGUAAAGGAUGAUAAAACUUUAUAUAAACUCCAAGGUCGAUCUGAGAACAUGAAGGAAGAAUUAUGCUCCACCGAAGUUCUAUUUGAGUCAACAGACGAGACUUUCGGCGAUUGGCACAUGAAAGUGAACGUGUGCUAUACAUUGACGUCACUUUUAUGUGUCAAAACGUCGCGAGUAACUCCAGAUAUUGUUCAGUGAAAUGAAUACUUAAAGAAGAAAUUGCUAUAACUAUUCCUUUUGAAACUACAUAUCAUAAAGUUAUAAAACUAUUAUUUCACAGCUAUCGACAUUUGGUCAGCCGGGGUAAUAUUGCUUUCAUUGCUGAGUUCUCGAUAUCCCUUCUUUAAUGCAAAGGAUGACGUUUCUGCUCUUGCCCAAAUUAUCGCAAUCUUUGGGGUUGAAAGUAUUAAGAAGACGGCUGCAAAGCUUAGUAAGAUACUAACAACCAGUGCCAAUCACCAGGCAAUCGAUUUGGAAACCCUGUGUAAAGAAUUAAGAAAGAAGUCUAAGAUGGUUGAUAAGAGAGAUAUGUGGGUGGAAGCGCCACCAAGUGCCUACGACCUAUUAAAGAAGAUGUUAAUGGUUGAUCCAGCUAAGAGAAUUACAGCUGAAGAAGCCUUACAACAUACAUUUUUACUUGAAAACUGAUCAAUUUCCAGGAUCUUUCUCUAAAUUUUCCACAAACAAACACUUGAAUAUUUCUUUCAAAGUCAAGAUUUUUAGUCAAAACUUGUUUGUUAAUGAUUUUAAUAUCAAACACAAGUCUUUUCCCAGAUAUUCUACAAUCAAGAAUAACUGUGCUCAAAGUAUUAGUAUUCACCUAAAUGUAUAAAACCAUAUUCAGUAGUUAGUGACGUUUCUAUAAAAUAUGAUCUCCAAAGAUUGAUGAAAUAAUAUGAUUCGGAAUUUUCUAUAAUUAUCGAACAAUGUAUUUAUUUUUCCAACAAUUCUAGUAUUCAUUAUGUUGUUAUCUGAUCUCGUUAUUAAAAUUGCAUUCAAUUGUUGAAUAGCAACGUUUGGCUUCAUAUGAACCAGAGCUCGUUUAACUGUAGUUAUCUUUAAUAUUUUAAGUGGAUGAUCCAAGGUGUAAAUUAAAGACUUUUAUAAUAAUUUACCAUAUAAUAAAUCAUAACUAAAUCAUUGUCAAUUAUUGAAUAGUAUAGACAAAAGCACAAUAAAUGCGCAAGUAUAGCUAAUCUGAUGAUAUUACGAAAACUUAAAACAGCGACAUCUGUAGAUGCUAAAUCUAUACGAGGAAAUCUUGCAACAAUCGGAAAAAAAGAGACUGUACAUUUUUUUUUUU